AUGUUCACGACUCGGGCCCUCCGACAGGCUGCUGCUCACGCCGAGCGCACGCCAUUGAUCAAGUUCCUCGGCCCCCGAACCAUUCCCUCGUCCAUUGACCACACUCCCAAGCCCCAUCCGGCUUCUCCCUCGGGCUCGCUUCCCGAGUCUUUCUCCGCCUACGGCAACAGCUCUGCCGCCUCGCGCCACACCUCAUUCAGCAGCUACCGCGACCACGCUCAGCAGCACGGUCCUCUUCAGAAGACGAUUCGCAAUGCCGAAGCUGGAAUUGGUGGCUCCUCCGGCGCCCAGCUGGGCCCUGUCGAGGCCCCCAAGGGUGUCUAUUUUGACGUCUCGGACUUGCCUGCCCGCUACCGUCGCCUGCCAAUCGACAUCAGCGAGAUUGAGGCCGUCGAGUCGGGUGGCGCAGCUCUGAUCGGCUAA